CAUGUUCUCCUAGCUACUCACCCUCCAAUUCAACGAAACCACACCAACAAUGUGCUGUAUAUUGUAAUAAUAUAAUGCCCAAGUACAUAAAUACCGAACUCCUAUAUAUGGAGCCAAAAGUUGUCAGCGGGAGACGAAAAAGGUUGAGAGGGAGAAGAGAAAAUGGAGAUGGAGAGAGAAAUUGAGUGGAAAACAACUGAAGAAGAAGAACAAGCUGCCGCUGCUGAAGAAUUUGGUAGUGGGUUGAAAAUAAGGCAGAGGACGAGGGGCAAAAUGGGAAGAGAAAAUAAUGAAGAGAAGGUGGUGGUCAACGGAGAAGAGAACGGCAGCAGUGUUUUCUUUGAAGAAGACCAAGGAGUAUGGAAGUGUCGGCACUGCACUUGGACCUACCAUUUGAGUGGUCCUGGCAUAUAUCUUAUUCAGAAACACAAACAUGAAGGCAAUUGCCAAGUGACAAUGGAUGUCGAAACACUAACUCAGCUUGGAACAUUUAUUGAUUCACCAAUUAAAGGUGCUGCUAAUGUUACUGCUGGGUUAAAAUUACUAGCAGAUGAAUUUGUUGCUGAGAAGAACCUCGGAGAUGGAAUAGCUGGAGAUGAAGAGUGCAACGGUGACAAUAAUGUCCCAAUCGAAGAACAAAAAGUCAAUUUAAAUGGAUCGAGUUCUCACCUUAGUUCUGAGAAAAAGAGUGAAAAUGUAAUCUCAAGAAAUGAAAAUGAAAUCCAAGAAUUAGAACAGCAUAAGCCAGGAGAACCAAGUGACCCCAUAGUUCCAGAAUUUGAUGUCGAGAAAGUUUUAGAGGAGCAGGAGACUCAUGAUUUGUACUGCCCUAAUUGCCACUCAUGUAUUACCAAAAGGGUAAUUUUACGGAAAAGAAAAAGGAUACCCAGAGAAACUCAAAGUGAUUUGCCACCUCAGAAAGUCCCACAUGUUCCUGAACCUAGUCCUGCUCUAACUGAAACCGUGGAUCUUCAUGAGGAUAGGACAGUAUUCAGAUGUUUAUCUUGCUUCAGCUUUUUCAUUCCAACAGAGACUGGAUUUAAUAUUUUCCGGUGUUUUGGGAAAGAAGCGGAAAGUAACGACCUUCAAAGUCGAGAAAAGAAACCUGCAAAGAGGGGUAACUGGAUUUCUUCUCUUUUUGGAUCUGGUUCAAGCAACAAUGAAGGUACCGAAGCCAGAACUCCAUUGCUUGCAGAAAUUAAAACAGAUUCUAGAGAUUCAUCUGAAUCCAUGCCAGGAGCUGCAAAUCUUGGAGAAAAAGGAACCACUAUAGGUCCAUCAACCGGAGAAUUCAAUUCUAGUGGUGGAUUAAUGGGAAAUCACGCUCAAGAAGGCAAGCAAAAUUAUCCAGCAACUAUAUUGGAAAAUUUGUCUUCUGGAGAAUCACAUUCUAAUGGUAGCGCAAUGGGCAGUCAGGCUAAAGAGAACCGGCAAAGUUAUCCAGAAACAGCCCUGUCUAAAGAUUUGUCUGCUGGAGAAUCACAUUCUAAUGGUAGCGCAAUUGGCAAUCAGGCUAAAGAGAACCGGCAAAGUUAUCCAGAAACAACCCCGUCUAAAGAUCCACCGGCUCAAGGAUCGUAUUCUAAUGGAUUAAUGGACAAUCAGGCUCAUGGAGACCAGCAAUUUUAUCCGGCAGCAACUUUAUCAGAAGAGAAUGGUACAAAAAAACCUGGUGCUGUUGUUAAACCUCCAUAUCAUGAACAAACUUCACAACUCGCUGAAAACAUUAGCAGUUACAUCCCACCAGCUGCCGGUUAUAUUCCACCAGGAAAGGUACAUACAUCUCCAAUAGUCACUGGUGUAGGCAAUCAAAAUGUUCGUGGUCCUAUGAUACCUCCUGCUGAUGAGACCCGUCUUGAUUUGGGUGUGCAAGGAAUAGAAAGGUCUAGAAGAGAAAAUGAGUGGGAUAUUCUAAAAAGCAUUGUGUACGGAGGCUUGAUGGAAUCUAUUACAAGUCUAAGUGUAGUGUCAUCUGCAGCAGGAGCUGGUUCUUCCACAUUGAAUAUCUGUGCCUUGGGGUUAGCAAAUUUGAUUGGUGGCUUGCUUUUGAUCGCUCACGAUCUUUCUGAACUAAGAAGCGCAAGUGAUGCUGAAGAAACCAACCAAAGUGAUGAACAAAUAGGUCGAUACUGGGAGAAGCUCGGAAAGAGAGAACAUUUUCGGCGACAUGCAGUUUUCGCUAUACUAUCAUACAUUAUCUUCGGAUUACUUCCUCCAGUUAUUUACGGCUUUGCAUUCAGAAAGAGCGACAACAAAGAAUACAAGCUCAUAGCAGUUGCUGCUUCUUCUCUGUUAUGUGUUGCUAUGUUGGCAAUUGGAAAAGCUCAUGUCAGGCCACAGAAAGAUUACAUAAAAUUGAUAUUAUAUUAUCUUGCAAUCGCUGUGCCCGCUUCAGGUUUAUCCUAUGUAGCUGGGGUGAUGAUCGAUAGGCUCUUGGUUGAGCUUGGUUUGUUCAUCCCAAAUAUGACCCCACCUUCGCCGCCUUCUUCAGUUGAGCUUCUCGGAUUUGGAUCGGGAUCUUCAUCGUGGGCAUCCCUUUAAGGAAUGCUGGAAAUGAAUUCCUCGAGCUUUUGAGGGGUAUUGCAUUGGUUAUUGGUUGAAUUGGCAAGCGCUUCUCGGAUCUGGAUCGGGAUCUUCAACGUGGGCAUCUCUUUAAGGAAUGCUGGAAAUGAAUUCCUCGAGCUUUUGAGGGGUAUUACAUUGGUUAUUGGUUGAAUUGGCAAGAGCUUGAGGUUUUCCGCUUUAGUUUUGUUUGAAGAGGUUAGAGAUGGACUGUUUAAGUGAUUUGUUGCUUUAGUUAAGGCUCGUUUGAGAUAGUUGUGUUUAUUUUUGCUAGUCUUUACUAUUGCUGGAUGUUUUUUAUGCAGUACAUGUGUGGAGGUUGGAAAUGGAAACCAUGCUUUAUUCUA